UUCCUGCCAGUGACGGCUCGUCGGCUACUUAUCCCCCUCCCAGUUGUACUCUUCUUCUACCUCUGGACCUGUACGUCCAUUCUCUUCAGCUAACCUUAGGUGACUUGGCCGAUGUCGACGAGGGAGGAGCAGCAGGGCGCGAAUAAGCCGCCGGCGACGGUGAGGAUCAUCGAGACGCUGUACGUCGAGGCCGGCACGGCCGCCGACUUCAAGUCCGUCGUGCAGCGGCUCACCGGCAGGGACUCCGGCGCCUCAGCCCUACCAGAGCAAGACCGGACGACUCCGCAGGGUGCUGACCGGAGGGCUGGGGCGGCGAGAGGGGGUGGCGCCUCCGACGCAAAGCGGGGCAGCUGAGAUCGACGCUGCGUGGAUAAAAUGAUCAUUGGCUCAGCCUGCAGUAACUGUAAGCGAUAGCUUUCGUUUUCAUCUCUGCCCUGUUGCUUUGAUCUUUCUCUGUUGGGUUCUUUUGU